AUGGCAGAUACGGAGCCGCCACGACGGCGCUUCGUGCCCGUUCCGAUCGAGACGACGUUCCAAUCCUACCGCAAGAAUGUCUACGAUUAUACGUCGCACCAGAGGAUAGGGCCCAAUCCUGAGCUGACCCCGGAGCCCUCGCCUCGAUCUCCUGAGGCGCAAUUCCCGCCUGAGAUGCACAACCGCGAGACGUCGCAAGAGAGGCGCCGCUUUGCCCCCCAGCUCAUCGAGACGUCCAGACGGGUCAGGAGAGUGGGCGACCCCGGGCCGGCCACUCGACCCACGGACAAGACCGACAUUACCCCCUACACAAACCACAUCUACUCGGCCAAGCCAAAGGCGACUCGUCGGCAGCUGGGGCCGGCCGGCGACGACGAGCCGCAGCGCAGUGUGGCACGCCCAUUCCCGCCCACACGGCGCGAGACGGAGGAGGAGGGCGUCCAGGAGUACCUCUUGGACCUGGCGGCUAAACAAGUCGCACGGCAGAUCGAAGAGGUUGCCCUCGCCGCGUUCCCCAACAGCCGCCCCCGCGAGGGUGGUGUGGCUCACUUCUACUUCCGCGAGAGCUCGUCUGACAGCGGCAGCUCGCCCGCGGCUAGCCCCCGGGACGAAGAGGCCGGCCAGUACCGGUUCCGGCGCAAGUCGUCCAACCUGGGGCUGAACUGGUGGCAUAAGCACAUGCAGGAGCAUGCGGCGCGUCUGGAGCAGGACCGAGGGGACGGCAUGGACGUGGACAACGAGGAGGCAGUGGUGAUGGAGGAGGAUCUCGAUGCUGCUGCUGCUGCUGCUGCUGCCGUCGCUGCCUCUGCCGCUGGUGGUGGUGCUGCCUCUGCCGCCCCUCUUAUCCGAUCCGACUCUGAUCUGGACAAGAUGGAGCUGCCGUCCCCUCCCGAUCUGCUGUGGACCACGACCAAGCCCAUGCUGGCUACCGAUUCUCGCCGGUCCUCGGUCGCUGAGCUGCAGCUGGCGCUGGCAGAGGCCAAUCGCGCCGCAGCCCAGGCACAAGCCAAGCUCGUCGCUCCCUCUGCCCAGACGGAUCCCUCAGCCCAGCCGGCUGAGCCCCACCCUCCCGGCCGCCAGGAACCUGGGCCCUUUGGCAGGCCGUUUGGAGGCUUCCGCCAUGUGCCUGAUGCCGACCCCAAGCUGCUUAAGUUGCGCCAGGGCCCGUCUCCCCCCAUGCUGGGUAAGGACCUCGUCUUUCGGCGGUGCCCGUCGCCCAAGUUCACCACGCUCGAGCCCGAGGACCCCUUUGAAGCACACAUGAUUGAGGACCGCGGGCGCGACGUGCCGGGUCAGGCCGGGCUCUGGAGGGGGUACUGCUGCAGGUCGGAAUCAACCGGAGGAUGCAUCGUGCCCCCGGACCUGCACAACCCCAAGCUGAUCCAGACGCCCACCGACCCCAGCUUCCCGGACAAGCACUGCUCGUGUGACGCCGUCGACUCCAGCGUCAUCAGCGAGGAGCCCGCGUCCAUCUUUUCCUCGUCCGACUCUGCGUCGUCGGGCCUGACGACGAGCACCGGCGGGCUCUGGGGCUCUUCCGACCUCAACGGCCUCGGCGAGCGGCUGCAGCGGGAAAAGGCCCAGGCCGAGCGCGACGAGAAGAUCCUGCAAGAGUUUGGCGAGGAUUUUGUCACCCAGGUGUACAACUACCUGUCGCUGGGCUACCCGGCCAUGGCGCGCGGCUUCGACGAGGAGCUGUCGCGCAUCAGCCACAUUGGCAUCGACGAGCUGCGCAGGGACGACGAGAAGCAGAUGGCCAAGGGCCACAUGGUCGAGAUGAAGCUCGACGUGCACGCGCCCGAGGAGGAGAGGUGUCCGCGAUGGGCGGCGCUGCGAGCCUACAUUACCGAGUGGGCGAGGCAGCACCCUGAUCUGGACAAUCUCGACCCGUUGGCCUGGGGCGUGCGCGAGAGGAGAGGCAGCUGGGCCAUCUGA